AAGCCGAGUGCAUUGCAUUCAUGACAGCGUUCUCGUGCCCUAACCAGGCGCCCACUCACUAACACAGGGAGGUGCGCUUAUCCCCGCAGCCCUUCAAACUUUGUUUUACUACGGUUCCAGUAACUGACGAAACGGAUAAGCAAACACGUCGUAAGUCCAGAUACCGUCAAAAUGAACUUCUUAGUGGAAACACUUCAGGUGAUUUUUCUGUCGUUCUACUACUACAUCGAGGUGAUAGUUCGCCUCUUCAUCUCUCCGAAGCGGAAGAAUGUCACCGGAGAGAUUGUGCUUAUCACUGGGGCAGGCAGCGGCAUCGGCCGGCUGAUGGCCCUUGAGUUUUCCGCCCUGGGCGUCUCUCUCGUGCUCUGGGACAUCAAUCAGGACGGGAUGAAGGAGACAGCGCGGUUGGCUAAGGAGGCAGGCGCGGUCCGGGUAUCCUACUACCUCUGUGACUGCAGCGACAAGGCCGAAGUGUACCGAGUAGCGGAUCAGGUGAAGAAGGAGGUUGGAGAUGUGAGCAUCCUCAUCAACAAUGCGGGCAUCGUCACGGGGAAGAAGUUCAUGGACGCCCCGGACUCCCUGAUCGAGAAAACUGUCCAAGUCAACACCAUGGCUCACUUCUGGACCUACAAGGCGUUUCUGCCUGCUAUGGUAGCGAACAACCAUGGUCACCUGGUCAGUGUGGCCAGUUCUGCUGGACUGAUAGGAGUCAACGGACUGGCAGACUACUGUGCCAGCAAGUUUGCGGCGGUCGGAUUUGCUGAGUCAGUGGCGUUGGAGUUGCUGGCCACAGGCAAGGACGGCGUGAAGACCACCAUAGUCUGUCCGUACUUCAUCAACACUGGCAUGUUCGAUGGAUGCCAAACCAAGUGGCCCAGGCUGCUCCCCAUCCUGGAGCCUGGCUACGUGGCCCAGCAGGUGGUGCGUGCCGUGCUGACAGACCAGACCUACCUGCUCAUGCCCCACAGCCUCUACUGGAUCAUAGGCCUCAAGAAUAUCCUGCCUGUCAAGCUGGGAGAGGUGCUGGGUCUGUACCUGGGAGCCUUCAGCGUGAUGGACAGCUUCAGAGGACGCUCCAAGAAGGAGGACUGAGAGAUGGAGAGAUGGAGGGAUAAAGAGAUGGAGAGAUGGAGGGAUGGAGGAUGGAGAGAUGGAGGGAUGCAGAGAUGGAGGGUGGAAGGAUGGAGAGAUGGAGAGAUGGAGAGAUGGAGGGAUGGAGAGAUGGAGGGAUAAUGAGAUAGAGGGAUGGAGGAGAAAUUGAGAUCCCUGACAUGCCUGUCCCGCCCCCGACACCUCUCCCUGCCCUCAUUGGACGAGAGGAUUGAAAAGAAAGACCCAUGUGGUGACAUCAUAGGUGCUCUACCAAUCAGGAUCCUACCAGUGUUUAGAGGUUAAGGGAUAACCUCGGACCAGGUAAAUAAUAGUUCUGCUUUAUGAAGUAAUCUACGAGUACAAUUGUUUAUAUACUUAGCAUGUUCUCAUAAUUUUUAUUGAUUAAAAAGUUUAAAAGGGUCAUUGACUGAUUUUAUAGGGUAUUUCACACUGUUCCUUAAGGUCUCCGAAUAGGGUAUGUAACAUUGGUUGGGCUGAAAAUGGCCGGGGUGCUGUUCUAUGCGCCCUAAUGCAACCCUGUGAAAUUCUACCUGUGCUAGAUACAGGGAUACGUUAGCAUUGCUAAUAACUGUUAGCGACAAAAUCAUACUACAGCUUGCGGUUUUGAUGAGCAUACGGUUGGAUGUGUACAUACAUUUUGGGCCGUGACAAAGGAACAGACCAGAGCCUAAAAAGGUGGAGCCACGGAGUUGAUGUCAACUCAGUGGCUUUUUGGAAAUCGCCCGUUUUACAGCAGCAGUUUCAAAUUGUGAUAUUUGCAUAGGAAAGAGGUGUCAAUGGACUUUGAUGUUCACUGUAUGUCCAUUUUACCCACCGAACUGUCGUUAUGCAACUAUGACAAGGUAAACUCGGUUUUGCAGUCAAUGACACCUUUAAUGAGUUUUUUCAACUCAGCAAAUUAAGACUGUUAAUGUGACUGGAGCAUCUGUUCGAUAAUGAAUGAUUUAUAGGAUUUUAAUGACUUGUUUGAUUUUAAUGACUUGUUUGAUUUUAAUGAUUAAUAUGAUUCUUGAAGUUUAUAUUUUUACUGAAUCAAAGCACACCUGUUUCCCUGAGAGGAAUGUUUUUCUGCAGCAGGUCUUCAGGGCCAGUCAUAUGGUGUCAUAAUGUAAUUACAUCAUAAUGUGCAAUAUAAUCAUGUAAUUACAUCAUUAUGUACAGUGUCAUAAUGUAAUUACAUCAUCAUGUAACAAUGGCAUAAUGUAACAAUGGCAUAAUGCAAUGACAUCAUAAUUAGGGGUGGGGGAAAAAAUCAAUUCACAUAUGAAUCGCGAUUCAGUCUUCUAGAAAUUCACAUCAAUUCACAAAUUUAAAAAAAUCUAUAAUUUAAAAAAAAUUAUAUUUAAAAAAUGUUUUGAUUAAAAAUCUAAUUUUUAAUCGAAUCGUGACCCCAAGAAUCGAAUCGUGAGUUACCAAAAGAUUCCCACCCCUAAUCAUAAUGUAAUGAUGUCAUAAUGUAAUGAUGUCAUAAUGUAACAGUAAUGUAAUGAUGUCAAAAUGUAAUGAUGUCAUAAUGUAAUGAUUCAGUUGGUCCAGAGAGCAGAGGUCAUGUGCCCCAACCCUCUUAUCCAAUGAGAGGCCAGGUAAAGAGUUUGGACAUGGCCACAUAUUUAGAGUUAAUGUGUAAAAAAUAAGAAAAAUAAUGAUAAUUGACAGCCUUUAUGUUUCUGGUCCAGCUUUAAAUGCGAGACCAGGACGACCCUCCACCUCUCUGUCAGCUGUCUGCUUGUUGCUAAACUCUCCAACGUUUAAUGUUUCAUAAAGCCCCCUCCUCUAGCUGCAGAGCCGGAGUUGGCAGCGAGGUGAGCAGCAUCUGUGUAGUUCAGCUGUGUGGCCAAGGACGUCGCCCCCAGACAUGUAAACACUGUGUUUUGAGCAUUUGAAGUUAUGUUUGCAAAGGAUUUAAAUGCGCCACAUUUCAGAAGUCCAGGCACAUUGUUAGGGAAACACACACACACACACUCAGAAAGCCCCCAUGUGCUUAGGUUUAAUGAGUACUAUGCCUUGGAUUAGUCAGUGGCUGUUAGCUAUGGCAACUAUGUAACUAUGGUAACUAUGUAGCUAUGGUAACUAAUUGACUGGUCCCACAGUGGCCCCUCAACACCACAUAGCAGAACUGGGAGAACCCUGCUUAGAACCAUAGAACAGAGUUAGAGAACACAGACACACACACAGAUACACACACAGAUACACAGACACACACACAGAUACACACACAGAUACACACGGCUUGUGAUAGACAUGACAGCAUGGACACACAGUCUUGAGACUUGUGAUUGACACACAAUAGAGCGCAGCUGGGGAUCUUAACCAUAUUGUUAGACAGAGGGGGGUGGGGGUAUAUACGUGUAUAAAAGCAUAUAUACUUGCGUUUAAAGGUUGAAUUGCCAAGUAAAAGAUAUAUGAAUGUUGUGCACCUUUAUACUCAUGUAAUCUCAAGGCGGUGCCAGAAAAUCUUCAUCAUUUUUAUUUGCUGCUAGCAAUGUUUUAAUGUGGUAGAUUCUCAUAUUUCAUUGUUGUCUGUUUAUAUUAAUGGUGGCGUAUUGUACCGUUUCAAUGUAUUAAUCUUGAAAACUAAGCACAUAUCUUUGUUCUAAGAUCCUAAAUGGUAAUAGUACCUUAUAUUUCAUGAAGCAAACUGUUUAGUACAUGAAGCAUAUUGUAAUAAAUACCUGUAACCAUAAUUUGGAUUUAAAUAAAUAAAUAAUAAACGAGUGAUUAAAUGUU